GCAGUAAGGAAGCGGGAGGUAACUGGGAGAGCGGCCGCUGCACGGAACUACGGGCACCGAGGAAAGCGUCUGGACAGCGCCUGCCUGAAGAUGAUGCUCCCGGGGACCCGGCUAACGGCUGCUGUGUCCCUCAUGUGGCUGAGGAUUCUCCCUCUCUUUGCACAAAGUCUAGAUUUUACCUACCACAAUUCCCAACAGUUAGAAACUGUUCUGAAGAACUUCAGUGCAAAAUACCCAUCAAUCACAUAUCUUCACAGUAUCGGGAAGUCAGUGGAAGGUAGAAAUCUUUGGGUUUUGGUUAUAGGGAAAUACCCAGAUAAGCAUACAGUUGGAAUUCCAGAAUUCAAGUAUGUUGCAAAUAUGCAUGGAAAUGAGGUAGUGGGGAGAGAAGUAAUGCUCUAUUUGAUUGAUUACCUACUCACAAAUUAUCAAAGUGAUGCCAAUAUUACACAAUUGAUAUCUAAUACCAGGAUACAUAUUAUGCCUACCAUGAACCCAGAUGGGUUUGAAGCAUCAAUGCCUUCUGACUGUACAUCUUCUGUUGGCAGGUACAAUAAAAAUGGCUAUGAUCUAAAUAGGAAUUUUCCUGAUGCGUUUGAGGUGAACACUGAUGAGAUCCAGCCAGAAACACAAGCAGUUAUGGAUUGGAUUAAAAGUGAAAGUUUUGUACUCUCAGCCAACUUCCAUGGUGGUGCUUUGGUUGCCAGCUACCCGUAUGAUAACUCCUAUACCACAUCCCCAGACAGUGAUGUAUUGGAGUACGUAGCUAACAUAUAUUCCAUGAAUAAUGCCCAAAUGUUCAGCAGCAAUUCUUGUCCUGGUGAAAGUGGUUUUCAGAAUGGCGUCACGAAUGGUGCUGUGUGGUACAAAGUUAAAGGUGGCAUGCAAGAUUACAGCUACAUCUUCAAUCAGUGUAUGGAAAUCACCCUUGAGGUGUCCUGCUGUAAAUAUCCAGAGUCCUCCAAUCUUCAGGGGUUAUGGAAUUACAACAAAGUGUCUGUUAUUGAGUACAUGAAGCAAGUCCAUAUGGGGAUAAAAGGACAAGUGCUUGACAUGAAUGGAAAUCCCAUCCAAAAUGCUAUAGUGGAGGUUAAGGGCAGACAACGCAUUUGCCCUUACCGAACUAAUAAAUACGGGGAGUAUUACCUUUUGCUUCUUCCAGGAACAUACACAUUUAAUGUAACGAUGCUGAACAAUUCAAUAGUACAGAAUAUCACCGUACCAAAGAGCUCAAACCUGGCUGCAAUGACCUACAAUUUCCAGUUCAGUACAAAGACAACCAGCCCUAGUCCAGCAACGGCACCUUGUUCUCUUAAUCAAAACAGUAGCGGUACAUUACAAGUAUGCCUGGUGGCGUUGUUCUUGAGAACUGUCUUGGCGCUAUUACAUAACGCACUCUAGGAUGCCAAAGGAAACAAACCUGGAUGAGAGUCCUGAAUGUACUGGAAUUCACUCCAAAAAUGUCAGAUAUGCCAUAAACACUUCCAUACAACUAUGGAAUAUUUUACAGUUACAAAUUUACAAUUUUAUACAGUUUGUACUCUUCAUUCAAGACAAAAAAAAUAAAC